GCCCCGCCGCGCCCGCGGGCAGCGAGUGCAGCCGCUCCGAGGGACCAUGUCGCCAUGUCGGAGGUGAGGAAGUUCACCAAGCGGCUCAGCAAGCCGGGCACGGCCGCCGAGCUGCGGCAGAGCGUCUCCGAGGCGGUGCGGAGCUCCUUCGUCCUGGAAAAGACCAAAGUGGUUGAACCCUUGGACUACGAGAACGUGCUCCUUCAGCGCAAGGUUCAGAUCUACAGUGAUCCCCUCCGGGAUCUGCUCUUAUUUCCAAUCGAAGAUGUAUCUAUCUCAGUGAUUAGUCGACAGAGGAGGACUGUCCAGUCUACAGUUCCAGAAGAUGCUCUAAAGAAAGCUCAGAGUCUCUUUGUCAAAGAGUGCAUUAAAACCUACAGUUCAGACUGGCACGUGGUAAACUACAAGUAUGAGGAAUACUCAGGAGACUUUCGGAUGUUGCCAUGCAAAUCCUUUAGGCCAGACAAGAUUCCAAGCCAUGUGUUUGAAAUUGAUGAAGACUUUGAAAAGGACGAGGAUUCCUCAUCCCUGUGCUCCCAGAAGGGUGGUGUGAUAAAGCAAGGCUGGCUGCACAAAGCCAAUGUAAAUAGCACAAUCACUGUUACCAUGAAGGUAUUCAAGAGGAGGUAUUUUUACUUGUCACAACUCACAGAUGGCUCUUAUAUUCUUAAUUCCUACAAAGAUGAGAAAAUUUCAAAGGAAUCCAAAGGCUGUAUUUUCUUGGAUGCUUGCAAUGAUGUCGUUCAGUGUCCUAAGAUGCGCCGUUAUGCAUUUGAACUCAAGACAAUAGACAAGUACAGCCACUACCUCGCAGCUGAAACUGAGCAGGAGAUGGAAGAGUGGCUGGUAACUCUGAAAAAGAUCAUUCAGAACAAUACUGAGAGUUUGUUGCAGGAGAAGAAAGAUAGUGUGGAAUCUGUGCAAGAUGAUGAAUCAAGCACACAGGGAAAAUCAGAGAACAUCCUGGAGAGCCUGGAAAGAAGCAUGCAUCCAGAGCUGAUGAAGUAUGGAAGAGAAACAGAUCAGCUGAACAAACUGAGCAGAAAUGAUGGAAGACAAAACCUCUUCUCUUUUGACCCAGAAGUCCAGAGGCUAGACUUCUCAGGGAUCGAGCCAGACGCGAAGCCGUUUGAGGAAAAGUGCAGCAGGCGCUUUGUGGUAUGCUGCCAGGACUUCUCCCUCAACCUCCUCGCUCAGCUCAAUGACAGAUCUGAAGGAGCACCCACCAACGUUGAGCCCUUUUUCCUAAGCUUGGCAUUAUUUGACCUGAAAAAUAAUUGCAAGAUUUCAGCUGACUUCCAUGUGGACUUGAACCCUUCGUCUGUCCGUGAUAUGCUGCUGGAUAACUCCGCAUCCAGAGCGGAGGGCACCAAGGGACGUUCACCAGGCGAGAGCCUUGUGUAUGGAGUCCCUGAGUCUUGCCUGCGCUACAUGAAACGGGGCGUUUUCUCUGUGACUGACCCACAUACGGAGAUUUUCUUGGUGGCUCGUGUGGAGAAGGUGCUGCAGGGCAGCAUUACGCACUGUGCAGAGCCGUACAUCAAAAACUCGGACCCGGGGAAGACUGCCCAGAAGGUCCAUAAGGUGGCCAAGCAGGUGUGCAGCCGUCUGGGGCAGUACCGGAUGCCCUUCGGCUGGGCUGCCAGACCAGUGUUCAAAGAUUCCCAGGGCACUCUUGAUGCUGAAGGAAAAUUCUCACCUCUGUACAAGCAAGACAGCAGCAAAAUCUCAAAUGAAGAUAUGCUGAAGCUUUUAGCAGAGUAUAAGAAACCAGAGAAGACAAAACUACAGGUCAUUCCAGCCCAGUUAAACAUCGUCAUCAAAGACAUCCCGCUAGACUUCACAAAUUGUGUCACAGCUUCUUACAUUCCUAUAAAGCCUUUUGAGAAGAGCUGCGAUGACAUUGCAGUUGAAGUGGAGGAGCUUGUCCCAGAAGUUGCAAAAUACUGUUAUCCAUUCACUGUCUACAAAAACCACCUCUACAUCUACCCCUUGCAUUUGAAAUAUGAGAACCAGAAGAUGUUUGCAAAGGCAAGGAAUAUUGCUGUCUGUGUUGAGUUCAGGGAUUCAGAUGAAGCUGAUGCCAGGCCAUUAAAGUGUAUAUAUGGCAAACCGGGAGGCCAUCUCUUGACCACAAAUGCAUAUGCUGCUGUGCUGCAUCACAACCAGAGUCCAGAGUUCUACGAUGAGAUUAAAAUUGAGCUUCCAAUUCACCUCCAUCAAAAGCAUCAUUUGCUUUUCACCUUCUAUCAUGUCAGCUGUGAAAUUAAUACAAAGGCAACAUCGAAAAAACAGGACACCGUUGAAACUCAAGUGGGAUAUGCCUGGGUCUCGUUGCUGAAGGAUGGACGGAUUGUCACUCUGGAGAGGCAUUUACCGGUUUCAUCCAACCUUCCACCUGGCUACCUGGGUCUUGGGGACACAGAGUCACGAAAGCAGCCCAGCAUGGAUGCAAAGUGGGUGGAUGGAGCAAAGCCACUGUUUAAAAUCAGAAUGCAUUUGGACUCGACCAUUUAUACCCAGGACAUGCACUUGCACAAAUUCUUCCAGUACUGCCAGGUGGUUCAGGCGGGAGCUAAGGAAGUCCCAGGAGAGCUUAUUAAAUACCUAAAGUGUUUGCACGCCAUGGAGAUCCAAGUAAUGAUUCAGUUUCUACCUGUAAUUCUUAUGCAACUAUUUAGAGUCCUUACAAAUGCGACCCAGGAAGAUGAAGUAGCUGUCAACUGCACCAUGGUCCUUCUGCACAUUGUGUCCAAGUGCCAUGAAGAAGGUCUAGACCACUACUUGCGCUCCUUUUUAAAGUACGUCUUUCGAGCUGAGAAACCCAGUGUCACACAGGCGAAGAUGACCCAUGAAACCUUGGUCCUUUCCAUGGCCACAAUCCUGAAGCAGUCGGCAGAUUUUCUAGCCAUCAAUAAGCUACUGAAGUACUCGUGGUUUUUCUUUGAAGCACUGGCAAAGUCAAUGGCAAUGUACUUACUGGAAGAAAACAAAAUCAAGCUGCCCAGAGGCCAGCGGUUCCCUGAAUCCUACCAGCAUGCUCUGCAUUCGUUGCUUCUCGCAAUCAUUCCUCACGUGACCAUUCGUUAUAACGAAAUCCCUGAAGAGUCCAGGAACGUCAACUUUAGCUUGGCUAACUUCCUGAAGCGUUGUCUGACAUUUAUGGACAGAGGGUUUGUUUUUAACUUGAUAAAUGAUUACAUUUCUGGAUUCAGCCCAAAAGACCCUAAGCUGCUGAUCGAAUACAAGUUUGAAUUUCUUCAAACCAUUUGUAAUCAUGAGCACUACAUUCCUCUGAACUUACCAAUGACCUUUUCCAAACCCAAACUGCAUAGAGUUCAAGAUUUUUUUUCAUUUGCUGUGGAACGGUUCACUUCAGUAGAUAUAAAUCUUGAAUACAGUUUAACUGAUGAGUAUUGCAGGCAUCAUUUCCUCGUGGGGAUGCUUCUCAGAGAAGCCUCUGUUGCCCUGCAGGACAACUACGAUAUCAGAUGUACAGCCAUCUCGGUCUUAAAAAAUCUCUUGAUAAAGCAUGCCUUUGACAACAGAUACCAGCACAAGAACCAGCAGGCAAAAAUAGCCCAGCUCUACCUGCCUCUCUUUGGGCUACUCCUGGAGAACCUCCAGCGAGUGGCCAGCCGUGAGGCACUCUACUCCUGUGCUGCUGCCUCCAGCCCUGCAUCCAGGGAUGAAUUCAUGUGCGGUUUUGCAUCCCCUUCAAAUACUUCCAGCCUGAUUGCAGACAAAGAUCCAGCCUAUGGAGCGGCACUUCCAAACGGCCAUGCAAUAAAGCGAGAGGACUCAAAAGGAUCCCUAAGCUCAGAGGGGGCAACUGGUUCCCCAGAUCAGGGUGAAAAUAUCCGCAGAAGCUCCACAAGGAGCAGCGUGUCACACUGCAGUCGGUUGGACCAGUUUGAGAUCCGGACGCUCCUGAUGUGCUACCUCUACAUUGUGAAGAUGAUCUCUGAAGAUACUCUUUUAGCUUACUGGAACAAAUUCUCUCCCCAAGAGCUGAUCAAUGUCCUUGUUCUUCUGGAGGUGUGUUUAUUUCACUUCAGAUACGUGGGGAAGAGAAAUAUUGCCAGCUCCUGCAUGAGACCCCCAGCCCCUGGCGCUCCUGGCUGCCCACACCGGUUGGCAGUGUCCCCCACAGUCGGCUGCAGGGUGCACGAUGCCUGGUUAUCCAAGCACACAGGAGCCGACAGGAAAUCCCAGACAAUGCCAGCGCUCCGCAGCAGAGCUGGGGGGAUGCAGGUGCGGCUCCAGCAUCUGGGCAGUUUGGAGACCUCCUUCACGCUCAACCACAAUGCGGGCACCUCAGAAGCAGAUAUUGUGCACCAGGCGUUACUGGAGGGCAAUAUUGCCACUGAAGUGUGCCUGACAGUCCUGGAUACCAUCUCGUUUUUCACUCAGAGUUUCAAGACCCAGCUUCUAAGCAACGAAGGCCACAAUCCACUCAUGAAGAAGGUUUUUGAUAUUCAUCUGGCUUUUCUAAAAAAUGGGCAGUCAGAAGCAGCUCUUAAGCACGUGUUUGCCUCUCUGAGAGCGUUUAUUAGCAAGUUUCCUUCAGCAUUUUUCAAGGGAAGAGUGAACAUGUGUGCUGCCCUCUGCUACGAGAUCCUGAAGUGCUGCACUUCCAAGGUGUCCUCCACAAGGAAUGAAGCCUCUGCUCUUCUAUAUCUGCUGAUGAGAAAUAACUUUGAGUUCACCAAAAGAAGAACGUUUCUGAGGACACAUCUUCAGAUAAUAAUUGCAGUGAGCCAGUUAAUAGCAGAUGUGGCACUCAGCGGUGGAACGAGGUUUCAGGACUCCUUGCUCAUCAUUAACAAUUUUGCAAACAGUGACAGGCCUAUGAAGGCAACUGCUUUUCCUUCUGAAGUCAAAGAUUUGACAAAGAGAAUUCGUACAGUGCUUAUGGCUACCGCUCAAAUGAAAGAACAUGAAAAGGAUCCAGAAAUGUUGAUAGAUCUACAGUACAGUCUAGCCAAAUCUUAUGCAAGCACCCCAGAGCUCCGGAAAACGUGGCUGGACAGUAUGGCGAAGAUACAUGUAAAAAACGGAGAUUUUUCAGAGGCAGCCAUGUGUUAUGUUCACGUAGCAGCCCUCGUUGCAGAGUUUCUGCACAGGAGAAAACUCUUCCCCAGUGGAUGCACUGCCUUCAGGAAAAUCACUCCCAACAUUGAUGAAGAAGGUGCAAUGAAAGAAGACGGUGGGAUGAUGGAUGUACAUUACAGUGAGGAAGUCCUGGUGGAGCUGCUGGAGCAAUGUAUAGAUGGCCUGUGGAAAGCAGAGCGCUAUGAAACAAUUUCGGAAGUUUCCAAACUGAUUAUCCCUAUUUAUGAAAAGCGACGUGAAUUUGAGAAGCUUACUCAACUGUACAGAACACUUCAUGGAGCAUAUGCUAAGAUAUUGGAAGUAAUGCACACAAGGAAGAGGCUUCUUGGAACCUUUUUCAGAGUGGCCUUUUACGGACAAACAUUCUUUGAAGAAGAAGAUGGGAAGGAAUACAUCUAUAAGGAACCCAAGCUGACAGGCCUCUCGGAGAUCUCCUUCAGACUUGUUAAACUUUAUGGAGAAAAAUUUGGGUCGGAGACAGUGAAAAUUAUCCAGGAUUCUAACAAGGUCAAUGUUAAAGACCUUGAUCCUAAGUAUGCCCAUAUUCAAGUGACGUAUGUGAAGCCCUAUUUUGAAGAAAAAGAAAUCUCUGAAAGAAAGACGGAAUUUGAAAGAAAUCAUAACAUCAAUAGAUUUGUAUUUGAAACUCCUUACACUUUAUCUGGAAAAAAGCAUGGCAGUGUGGAAGAACAAUGCAAAAAAAGGACCAUUCUAACUACUUUGAAUUCCUUCCCAUAUGUAAAGAAGAGAAUUCCUGUCAAUUAUGAACAUCAGGUUAAUUUAAAACCAAUUGAUGUUGCUACUGAUGAAAUAAAAGACAAGACAGCAGAGCUGCAGAAACUCUGCUCUGCUGGUGAUGUUGACAUGAUCCAGCUGCAACUCAAAUUGCAAGGCUGUGUUUCCGUGCAAGUUAAUGCUGGUCCCUUGGCCUAUGCCAGAGCUUUCCUAAGUGACAGCCAGUCCAGCAAAUAUCCUACUAAGAAGGUGAAUGAGUUAAAAGAAAUGUUCAGGAAGUUUAUACAAGCCUGUGGCAUUGCUCUGGAGCUCAACGAACGGCUCAUUAAGGAGGAUCAACUGGAGUACCAUGAAGGGUUAAAAUCAAACUUUCGGGAUAUGGUGAAAGAGCUUUCUGACAUCAUCCACGAACAGAUCUACCAUGAAGAUACAAUGCAUUCACCAUGGAUGCACGACUCCUUACACGUCUUCUGUGCAAUCAGCGGAACAUCUGGUGACGGAAGUUACUGUUCACUCAGACCCACUGCUGAGAUAUAAACAUAUCAGUCAUAUUUUACAGAGCUUUCUCAGGAAUACUUGGAACUGUACAAAGGAUAUUUAAAAAAAUCCAUGAUGAGCAAAGAUUCGAUUUUUUUUCCUCAAAAAGUUGCCAUGCUUUCAAACAGGGUGCUUGCUUAUUUUGCUGAGCAACAUUGAAAGUGCCUGGACAUUGCACCACUGUGCUUGUUUUCUACUAUUUUUUUUUUUUUUAAGCUAAAAAUGUGUUAACAGGACAUGGAAAGGCAGUAAGCUAAAUAUGUAUUGGAUUGCUGAACUAUGAACUGAAACGAUAACGGUACUAUGUAAAGUUGUACAAUGGAAUAUAAUAAAAUGUAAAACUUCUUUGUAAAUAGAAGGAGCAUAGAGUAUAUAGAAAUUAGCAUUUUAUCGUAUUUGCUGCUGAAAGCUUUAUUGGACAGGGAACGUGAAGAAGAAAUUUUAGUCACUAGUAAGAGACCUUCUGCUUCUAAAAACUGACUUGAAGUCUGGACACCACUAUUGCACUCACAGCAUGAGAGUAAACUUGCCCUAAUAUGGAGUAAGUGAGACCUAAUGCAGAAAUAAUCAUUUUCAUACAUACUCUGAGCAGAUAAUUCUAAAGUAGCCUCUAUGAAAGCUGAGCUUAUUAUAGCUGAUUUCAAUGUUGGGUAACUUUUUGCAGUUAUAGAAGGAUGGAUUCUACUCACUGAGAGAAGAGACUGCUCAUUUGAUAUGAGAUUUUCUUUUUGUCACUCGUGGUCUCACACAAAUACAAACUCCAAGGACACCUUAUAGUGUGUUGGGAAUUAUAAAGUGCUUUAACACCUUUCAGAAAAACUCUGAGAUGUGCUUUAAAAAAAAACUAUUGCAGUGCAUCAAAAUAACUCGUACAAAACUGCGGGAUUUUUAACAUCAUAUGCCAUGCAUGUUCUCUCUUGUUAAACAGCUCUGUUUUCUGAAAGCCCACUAUUUUUGUCUGACAGGUGGUUGGAGAAAAUGUGUUUUCCAGAAUUCUUUUAUUUCUUCUUCCUCUCCCCAAAGCUUUCAUACAUUAUCUCUGUCUGUUUUCAAUAAGACGCUUUCAGAUGCAGGAAUAAAAAAAAAAAACAGACUGAUAAUUCUUUUACAACAUUUUUAACAUUCAUAUUUUUCAAAAUCCCAUCAAUUGUAAAUAUGGUUCCAGUAGUUCACGUGGGAAGGCUGGGGUUUUUUUAAGGAUAUGUAACAAAAUGCCAUAAUAAAAGUACUCCUGCUGAGUAUUUAGUUUAGCUAUAGUGUCUAUAAAAUGUUAAGCUUAGUAGUUCUGUAAAAAAAACUAUCUUCAAAUAGCAAUUGGGCCAUAUUUCAAAAUGUUUAUUAUGCCCGAUUCUAAAUACUCAAUUGUCUUCUGGGAAAAUAAUGUUGUGAUCCGUAAAUUCACCCUUUAGCUUUUGCAAGCAAAACAGAGAUAUGCCUGUGUAACAAAAAGGUCCCGUUUCUGCUUGUAUGUGCUUUUAUGCCAGGCAGCCUCUAAAUUUAGCAGAAGAGGAAGAGGAAGAGAGACUGGUAGGUUUAAAUACGGUUGCUACUUUAUUCAUUUUCAUCUUUCAAAAAGUAAUAUUUAAAGGCAGGUAGUGAGUUCUCCCGAAUUGCUUUACUAAAAUGUGGUGAAGCUGUUUAACAGUAAAUACGUUCCAAGAUGUUUUUGGAGCUCGUUAAACUCUGCUAAAGGCAUAUUUUCAAUACAAUCACACAUAAUAAAGUGUGGACAUCCGACAGCUCUUGCACUAUAGCUCUUUUAAAUACUACAGUUAACCUAAUUGUUUUCCUGGAAUUGCAGCGAAAUGGGGUUUUUUUUUGUCUUUAAUGUUGUGAGAAAACAACGUUGGCUGAAUUUUCAGUUGCUGUUCCUUAUGUUUACUGGAAUUCCAGUGAAAUUCUUACUCAUGUUUUUGAUGCCUUUAACGAUUCAAAGUGAAUUAUUUUCUGAACGUCUCACUUCAUUGUUGAUAUUGGAGUUGUCCUGUCAUUAUAACGGAAAGCUGUCUCAGUAAUUCAGCCAAAAGAAGUAUUUAAUACCAGUCCAAUUAGAAUAUGUACAAUCACUACAGAUCAGAAUCCAUGUGUUAUUCUGAUGAAUAACAAAAAUUAUCAAGCCCUAAGGACUUGCCUCCUGUCCUGCAGGUAAUUUGACUGGAUUUUUAACAGAAAAAUCACACAAAGAAGAUUUGUCCUUUUUAGGUGGGUUGUAACAAGACUGGCAGCUUGGGUUUUCUCUACAUUUUCACCAAUCUAGAAAUGAUAGGGAGUGGUAAUUAGCUAUUUUACAGCUGUAUCUGGACAACAGUGCCAAGAAAAUGCUUGCAUAUUAUUUUCCUAUGUUUUUCCUGUGUAACUGUCCCAGUUUAAAGAAGUCCUCCAGAUUUUUUUCUUAUUUCAGGUUUAAAUAGCUUAAUUGACAGAUAUAUCUGGGGAGCGUUCUGUAUAUGUGCCUGUUUUAUGUAGCUGGUAUUCACACUGGGUACUUCCUAUUUGCUACCCUUUUUUUUGGAAGAAUACAGAUGUUUAUUGCUCAUUAACACUUUUGGUUUUCUUAUACUGCCUAAGGAACGGCGAGAGUUUUUUCAUCUGUAAAAAUCAGUAGACAUAUUUCAAAUUACAACCUGACCUGCACUCUUUCUCUCUAUCAAUACAGCUACACAUGCUUACUUUAUAUAUACACCUCUAAUUAUAUUUGCUGUAAAACUGCUGCAUAACAUGUCAAGUCUCCAGAAGGGAAGCACUGGUAAUUUUGCAAUCGCUAAAUUAUUUGCAUAAAAGGAGAAGAAAAAGGAUCUAUCAGUGAGGAUUAAGCGUACUUGGCUGCUCUCAGUACCAGGACUGUUUUGGAUGUGUUAGAGCCAGAUUGUUUGCAAGCAGGACACGUAGUAACACAGGGUCUGCCAACACUUUAUAUAUGAGAACAUGCUUUUAGAGAUUUACACACCUAGACAGAGUGAGUACACAUUUACUCUCUGCUUGGACUUACUUCUUUUUUCUCUGCAGAGAUUAGAAAGUAGUAUUUUAAAAUAAAUCACUGCAGAGUUACGUUUCUUUCCCCAAAAAAUCUGGAACCCCGAAUUUACUGCAGCUAAGUAUAUAUUUUUACAUACUACCUGAUGUUCUAAAUUUCUUCUGAAAACAGAAAUUUUCAUGAGAUAGACCAAGAAAUGGAAAAUCAUGGACGUGAGAAUGUCUGUAGUGUGUAACGUGUUUAUUUUGUUUCACAACUUUGAACCACAUGGUAUUUUGAUACAGAAUAAAAGUUUACAUAAGCAUAGUGCCCCAUAUCUCAGAGGAGAUCAAAAAUAUUUGUUUUCCAUUCUUGUAAAAACAGAGUCCCAUGGACUUCACAGACGGUUUCAAAAUAACCCCAUUACUUGACGUAACACAGCCCAAAAGAACUGGUGGAGAACACAAGUGGAAAUCAUAGAAUCAUGGGCUCAAAAGUCUCAUACAAAUUAAACCACAUCUUACUGCAUUUACGCAUUUGAGAGUAGCAUGUGUUCAUUUGAUGUUCACUGAGCUGAGUUCUUCUAAUUAAACAAGGAGUUCUUAGUGGUUUCGGGAGUACUGUAUUCAACUAAUUAUUACGUAACCACAGACUGUAGUACUUAACCUUUAAAUAAUAUUCUUGUGUCUAACAAUGGUGAAACAAUUAAGAUAAUACACAUAAUAUUUCAACUAUUCUGGAUGUAAUUUACUCUCUUUUCAUGUAAAUUUAACACCUGCUACUACAUAUUCAUAACAGAAGUGCUUUUAUCAUGCAUGUUGCAUAUAUGUGUGUUGUACAAGCCCUGUUGAACCUUCUGUGUGUGAUGACAGAAUGGAACGUUCCAUUUGCCUCGGUUGUUAACUGAUGUACCUCUGACGCCGAGUAAUAUGAUCUUACGUUGCUCUCCUUAUUCUUGUUUUAUUUUUCUUGACAAAUCACUAAGUUUGACAAGAAGCUAGGGCAAAAGCACAUUUCAGUUGAUCCAGGUAAAACAAGAGUUUAUUCCAGGUCAAAACAAAAGACUACACAACAAGUCAAAAAUAAGUGUUGCAAUAAACACUUUUGCUUAGGAGGGUUUUUUUCCUUCACAGAACAGGAUAAGUGAGCUGAAGCUCAUACUGGUGCAACAAUCACAGGGCUAAGACAUAGACAAAUGAGCUAUUGCACAUACUGCCUC